AGGUGAGUCGUGCGUGACGUCAUCGACUACGAAGGGAGGACACUGCGUUUGAUCUACACAUUUUUCCUUCUCAACUUGGUUCAAAUACGCGGAUACAGAUAUGUGUGAUUUCGAUAAGCAGAAGGGCCCUGGGCGGCUGAUGAAGAAAGGACUGACCCUCAUUGUCAUUGGUCAUGUUAAUUUCAUCCUGAGUGCCAUCGUCCAUGGCAGUGUGUUACGCCACGUAUCCAAACCCAGCAAUGAGAUCUCAACAGAAUAUACUGUAUCAAACAUCAUCUCUGUCACCUCAGGACUGCUGAGCAUUGCAAGUGGAAUUGUUGCUAUAUUGGUGUCAAGGAAUAUAACCAACUUGAAACUGCACAUCGGUCUGUUAGUGAGUUCCUUUCUGAACGCCUUUCUCUCGCUGGCAUGUUUAGUGGGGCUGGUUUUGGCGAUCAGUAUGACCAUUUCAGCCGAUGGGAGCACGCUCAUGAAAGGAUGUAAUUCCACUAACGUGCCUGUGAAUGCACGUUCUCCGGUCAUCGUCAACUGUCCUUUUGAUGCCACUCGCAUCUACGAUACAACUCUUGCUCUGUGGUUCACCUGUGCUACAUUCACCUCACUGGAGGCUGGACUGUCUGUGUGGUGCUUUAUUGUGGGUCUCCAGUUAAGAGGCAUCGGACCCUGUGCUCAAACCUACAUCAGAGAGCAGCUGGAAGAGGAGGCACUGGCAUCAGGGUCAAAAAUGGACCAAGACCACACGACUCAAGGCGAGCGUCUCAUUGCACAUCACUCUGUCAGCGCUUAGAGAGACAAUCCCAAUGUUGAAGUGGAAGUUUAGAUCAUAAUAAUAGUUUGCAUUCAUACUGAGGUACAUUCAGAUUUUCAUUUAUUGAUAAUGGUAGAUGUUUUGAAGCACUGAGGUUGAAACAGACUUUGUCAGUUGAACUCCAAUCAGUUGGACCUUUGGCCUGAAUGUUUUCAGUCUACACACAUAGACUGUAAUAAAGCCAAAAACAUCAUAGAAUAUAUCCAUUAUGGUGUUGUUUCUGGAGUUACAUUUUGUGGUUCUUGUUUACAUUGUAACACCCAACUUCAAAAUUAAGCUUAUGAUUUUUUUUAAAGUGACUAUUCUUUUUUUUUAAUAUGAGAUGUUAUUGUGCUUAUGCUGUCAAAUGUACCAAAAAAUAUUUUAGUUUAAAGCAGCUGUUUUAGAGUGUGCCAGAGACACAUUAAUAUGAGUUGGAUUUAAUGAUGCAGAGAAAAUCUCACAUUCACAGAUAAUCCAGUAUGAUUCAAAGUGUUAAAUAUUGACAUAGAGACAUGACUGACACUGUCAAAGCAAAGGGGUUUCGCUCUACGUGAAUUAUUUUUCAUUUCAAAAGACUGUGUUUGUGUGUUUAGAGAGCUGUAAUUUUGUUUCAUUCCUGACGGAUUAUUAAAAAGUCCUCAUAUCAGUUCAGAAAAGUGAAACUUUGCUGCCUACAUUUCAUUGUAUUAUUUUUAACACUGUGGUAUUUUGUUGUCAUCAAUGUGCAUUAUAUUUGAAUAAAUGAGUAAUGUAACAAA